GACCUGAGGCAAUAUUCCAAACAAGUGGAGAGGGAGCUACUGGAUGUGGAGAAUGCCUCCAUACAGGACUACAUCAAGGAGAGCCAGAACAUCGCCAGUCUACACAAACAGAUCGCGGCUUGUGACACCAUUCUGGAGAGAAUGGAGCAAAUGCUGAAUGGUUUCCAGGGUGACCUCAGCAGCAUCAGUAGUGAGAUCCAGACUCUACAGGAACAGUCUGUCACCAUGAACGUCAAGUUAAAAAACCGACAGGCCGUGAGAGGUGAGCUGAGUCAGUUUGUGGACGAGAUGGUUAUACCAGAGACAAUGAUCAACCACAUCCUGGAUACGCAAGUAACAGAAAGAGAAUUCCUGGAACACCUCCAUGAGUUAAACCACAAAAUUAAUUUUGUCAAGGAACAAUCCUUCCGAGAUGCAAAAUCAUGUUUUGAUGUUCGUGAUAUUCUGGAAAAAUUGAAAAUAAAGGCGAUAGCCAAAAUCAGAGAGUUCGUCAUGCAGAAGAUCUACUCCUUCCGUAAGCCUAUGAGCAACUACACAAUUCCACAAAAUGCAAUGCUGAAGUUUAGGUUCUUUAAUGAAUUCCUGAUGGCCAAUGAGAGACAUGUUGCUAAGGAAGUGAGAGAUGAGUACAUUGAUACCAUGAGUAAGAUGUACUACUCCUAUUUUAAGGGUUACCUGAGCAGACUGAUGAAGCUACAGUUUGAGGAAGUAGCAGAGCGAGAGGACUUGAUGGGAGUGGAGGACACCGCCAGGAGAAGUUUCUUCUCUACAAAACCAACAUUAAAAAACAGGUCAACAGUGUUCACUCUAGGUAACCGUGGCAACAUCCUCGGAGCAGAUUUGGAGGGACCAAUCAUUGUUCCUCAUGCAGCUCAAAAGUCGGACACAAAGUACAACUUUGAGAGUCUUUUCCGUAGUAUCCACUUUGCCCUGAUGGACAACUGUUGUCGAGAAUACCUGUUCCUCGUGGAUUUCUACAUGGCGUCUGGCUCUGCCUCUAUAGAUCUAUUUAAUGCUAUAAUAGGCAAAACCCUUACACACUAUCUGAAACAGAUGGAGGAGUACAUCAAUGACUGCUAUGAUUCCAUUGCCAUCUUCCUUUCCAUCCACAUCGUUUAUCGUUUCCAUGCCAUCAUGCAGAAAAGAUCGGUGCCAGCUCUAGACAGGUACUGGGACGCACUUCAACAAAUGAUGUGGCCACGGUUUGAGUAUCUCCUCGAUCUCAACAUACAGAGUGUCCGCGACUGUGACCCGCAGAAAUUUGGCCAUAUUGACAACCGGCCACACUAUAUCACACGACGUUAUGCUGAGUUCUCAGCAGCAAUAGUAGGGAUUAACCAAUCAUUUGCCAAUGAGCGGGUCAACCGCAUCCUUGAGCAGCUUCAGACAGAGGUGGAGAAUUUCAUUCUUAAGAUGGCUGCUGAGUUUCCCCAUCGUAAAGAACAACUGAUCUUCCUCAUCAACAACUACGAUAUGAUGCUGGGGGUCAUUAUGGAGAGAACAACAGAAGAUUCAAAGGAAUCUGAGAGUUUUAAGGAAUUGCUGACAGCACGGACAACAGAGUUUAUUGAGGAGGUGCUUUCUCCACACUUUGGGGGUCUCAUUAGCUUUGUGAAGGACUGUGAAGUGAUGCUAGAGCGUGGCCAAACUGACAGUCUGAAACAUGAGGAGAGACGGAUACAGCAGAUAGUAAGAGGCUUCAACAAUGACUGGAAACGUGCACUAGAGGUCAUCAAUGGUGAUGUAAUGAGAGCGUUUACAAACUUCAAGAACGGAACACAGAUACUACAGGGGGCCCUUACUCAGCUGAUCCAGUAUUACCAUCGCUUUCAGAAGGUGUUAUCACAAGGGCCGUUCCGUAAUAUGGCAAUUAGAAAUGAACUCAUCAAUAUUCAUCAUGUCAUGGUUGAAGUGAAGAAGUACAAACCAACUUUUUAAAUAAAAUUAUUUGUAUCAUCUCACAUUGAAGAGGUGGUUUAAAUUUCAGUGUAACCCAUUCCACAAUCUAGUACCAUCGUUUGUCAAGAACACACGUUAAGUUUGCAAUUAAAUGAAAAUUCUUAAGGACUUAAGAUCAUAACAAUCUGACAAAAACACAAAUAUAUUCUUAUAUUUUCAAAAGAAUUGGGAAAACCUGUUAAAAUAACUUUUGGAGUCAUUUACAGUGAGGGUAUAUUUUCUAUUAUUAUGUCAAUAUGAAGUUCAAUGAAAUACAGACAUUCUAUGAAACACUUUGCUGUAAAUAUCAUGUCUGUUCACCAGCUAAUUGAAAUAUAUUUCUAGCGUUGUAUCUGUGAGACAUAACGCUAUGAAUGCUGUGAGAUUUUUGUAUUUUGGAGGUUUGUAUAUGGCAAGUGUGAAGGUAUUGUAAACACAUGAUAAGAUGAUGGGAGGUCAGUCCAACUGAGCCCUCAGCUGAUUCCCUCUGUAUGUUACGAGACUGAAUUGGUGCCAUCGCUUCAAGGUAUGGGAACUGUCAGGUUGGCACAUUCCCCAUAGGGCUGUAGCACAUGUCCCCACAGAUCUAUGUAAGGAUGUAGGCUGUGUUACUGUAAUAUUUACUCCUUUACUUCUGAUUAACCAUUGGAUCUAUGUAAGGAUGUAGGAUGUGUUACUGUAAUAUUUCCUCCUUUACUCCUGAUUAACCAUUGCAUCUAUGUAAGGAUGUAGGCUGUGUUCCUGUAAUAUUUACUCCUUUACCCCUGAUUAACCAUUGGAUCUAUGUAAGGAUGUAGGCUGGGUUACUGUAAUAUUUACUCCUGUACUCCUGAUUAACCAUUGGAUCUAUGUCAGGAUGUAGGCUGAGUUACUGUAAUAUUUACUCCUUUACUUCUGAUUAACCAUUGGAUCUAUGUAAGGAUGUAGGCUGUGUUCCUGUAAUAUUUACUCCUUUACCCCUGAUUAACCAUUGGAUCUAUGUAAGGAUGUAGGCUUUGGUACUGUAAUAUUUACUCCUGUACUCCUGAUUAACCAUUGGAUCUAUGUAAGGAUGUAGGCUGAGUUACUGUAAUAUUUACUCCUUUACUUCUGAUUAACCAUUGGAUCUAUGUAAGGAUGUAGGCUUUGUUACUGUAAUAUUUACUCCUUUACUCCUGAUUAACCAUUGCAUCUAUGUAAGGAUGUAGGCUGUGUUACUGUCAUAUUUACUCCUUUACUCCUGAUUAACCAUUGCAUCUAUGUAAGGAUGUAGGCUGUGUUACUGUCAUAUUUACUCCUUUACUCCUGAUUAACCAUUGCAUCUAUGUAAGGAUGUAGGCUGUGUUCCUGUAAUAUUUACUCCUUUACCCCUGAUUAACCAUUGGAUCUAUGUAAGGAUGUAGGCUUUGUUACUGUAAUAUUUACUACUUUACUCCUGAUUAACCAUUGGAUCUAUGUAAGGAUGUAGGCUUUGUUACUGUAAUAUUUACUACUUUACUCCUGAUUAACCAUUGGAUCUAUGUAAGGAUGUAGGCUUUGUUACUGUAAUAUUUACUCCUUUACUUCUGAUUAACCAUUGGAUCUAUGUAAGGAUGUAGACUGUGUUACUGUAAUAUUUACUCCUUUCCUCCUGAUUAACCAUUG